AAAGUUCAUGGAAUAACAACUGGCAGUGUAGGACUUUUGCAGUAUUGAAACCAUAGAACACAAGCCUGUAACAUUGUGGCGCACAUUGAGGUGCAUCCUUCACUUGCCCCUGGAGCUACUGCAGUUGCAACAACAGGUCUGUGUCUUUACAUAACCUUCCAUGAGCACGUUGGAAUGCAAACUGGAAAGAUCAGAUCCACUACACACACCCCUCCCACACCACACAUACAGUACACUAAGUGACUCCCACACUCACACACAGACAUUGUCACUUCUUAUCUUCUCAGCAACUUUAGGGCAAGGGCUUUCUGACCCUGUGAAGUUUGUGCAUUUGUGUGUGUGUAUUUGUGUGUUGUGUCGAGACCGGACAGAGCAGCAGUCAGAGCUGAGAUUGUGCGACCAGCUCAGGAAUGAGAAACAGAGCCAUCGUUGCAGCUGCUGCCCUGCAUUAAGAGGCUUCCCUCUCUGACAGAGGACAAACACAGGGGCACAGACAGAGGACUUCCACUAUUGCCAUUGCCGUCUGCCUCCUUUGUUGGCUGUAAUUAAGGGCUUUCUCCUCAGGCAAGAGGAUACCACCACGUUGAGUGGUUUUGUGUGUUGUGUGCAUUCCCCAUCCUGCCUGGCGCGAGGAUGAGGAUGAAGGAGCUGUCUUUGCGUCAGGACCCCGACCUGAGGAAGGAGUUGGCUCUGCUGGCACGUGGCUGCGACUUUGUUCUGCCAUCUCGGUUCAAGAAGAGGCUGAAAGCCUUCCAGCAAGGACAGGCCCAGGUGAGGACGGAGGAGCCCAUCACCUCAGCGCUCAGUGAAAGCAUUCCAAAGUUUUACUUCCCGCAGGGCCGGCCCCAAGCCAACCUCAACAUCGACGGCCUCAUUUCCAAAAUUGAGAAAAUAUUUUCCCAAUUCCCAAAUGAAAGGGCCACCAUUGAGGACAUGGGGCAGGUCGCCAAGGCCUGUGAAUGUCCCCUCUUUUGGAAAGUGCCAUUGUUCAACUCAGCUGGAGGCGACAGGACGGGCUUCGUCUCUGUCCACAAGUUUGUUGCUAUAUGGAGAAAAAUUCUGCAGACCUGUCACGAUGACGCUUCUAAAUUUGUGCACCUCUUGGCCAAGCCUGGCUGUAAUUACCUGGAACAAGACGACUUUAUUCCAUUCCUGCAGGAUGUGGUGAACUCGCACCCAGGCCUGGCCUUUUUGAAGGAUGCACCAGACUUUCACUCACGAUACAUCACCACGGUGAUACAGAGGAUAUUUUACAAUGUAAACAGAUCAUGGACUGGAAAAAUAUCAUGUCAUGAGCUCAGGAAAAGUAACUUUCUUCAGAAUGUGAUGCUGCUGGAGCAGGAAGAAGACGUGAACCAGUUGACGGAUUUCUUCUCCUAUGAACAUUUUUACGUCAUCUACUGCAAAUUCUGGGAGUUGGACACUGACCACGACCUCUACAUAGACCAGUCUGACAUGGCACGGCACAAUGACCAAGCCAUUUCACAGAAGAUGAUCGAGAGAAUAUUCUCAGGAACAGUUACGAGGGACAGACGAGUGUAUAAGGAAGGCAGACUGAGUUAUGGCGACUUUGUCUGGUUUCUCAUUUCGGAGGAAGACAAGAAGACUGACACCAGUAUAGAGUACUGGUUCCGCUGCAUGGACCUGAACGGAGACGGCGUCCUCAGCAUGUACGAGUUGGAGUACUUCUACGAGGAGCAGUGUCAGAAGCUGGAUGCCAUGGCUAUCGAGCCCCUUCCCUUCGAGGACUGCCUCUGCCAAAUGCUCGACCUUGUCAAGCCCGAGGUUGAAGGUAAAAUCACGCUGCGAGACCUGAAGAGAUGCAAGUUGUCCCACAUCUUCUUUGACACGUUCUUCAACAUCGAGAAGUAUCUGGACCACGAGCAGAAGGACCCGUUCUCUGUCGUAAGGGAGGUGGAAACAGACGGACAGGAAGUUUCAGACUGGGACAAAUACGCUGCAGAUGAGUAUGACACCUUGGUGGCGGAGGAGGCUGCAAACGAACAGUACAACGACGUGUAUGAAAACCCUCUGAGCCCACUGGGCCAGCACCUCUCCACUGAGCUGGGUCUGACUAAGAGACACUUCUUUGAGAUCCCGACUCCACACUGCAACCUGGACCUGGAUGAAUACGAGUACGAAGACGACUUCAAUUGAUGCAUCCUCAUCCUGCUGCAGUUUUCUCAUACCCCCGCCCACCUGCCCAGCUGAUCCGUGCACCCAGGGACGGAGCGCCAACAAACUAAGGUGUUUUAGGGACUGAAUCGCAUCAGGUAUAGAGAUUUGCAGGUUCAAACUCACUCUUUUCCAACCAAACAAUAAAGCAGAAGACAAGGUCGGAGCUGCGACAAAGGGGUCGCUGUCGCUUAGGACAUACAGUAGGUGUGACGUGGCCUUAAGCUGAAGACAGAUCCUUAUGAUGAAGUACUGGAUGUUCAAAUACUCUCACUGUUAAAUUCAGGGUGUGAAAAGGUGCACCUUUCAAAACACCCUAGUCUCAGAAAGGCCUUGUCGUUCUGCAUGUCAGACUUUGUACACGUUACAUUUGGAGCAAGCGUGGGGGUUUUGUUUUCUUUUUUUUCUUUUUUCCUUUCUUUUCUGAACACCACUGUAGUAUUUUUCGUCACAUCAUCUACACAUCAGAGCUAAAGAACAAACUGGUCAUAAUAAUCAUCAUCAAGUCAUUGGCUCAUUUUUACAUUCCAGUGAUCACAACAACUGAUGUUUUCUCUGCGGCUGUAAUUAAAAACCAAGUUCCUGUAAAUGUUGAACAACAAACACACACAGAUAAAACACACUCUCUCUCUCAGACACACACACACAGUGUUGUACAGGCUUCAUUUCUUCACCAUAUGGAUUUUCUGUGUUUGUGUGUGAGAUAAAAUGAUAAAUUAUUAGAGAUGGAUUAAUUAAUCUGUGUAAAUAUGUAUUUGCAGCUUGCUGUGGUGUAAAUGAUUUGAGCAAGUGUUUUAGAUGUUUUUUUAUGAAGUACAAACUCUGAAAGUACUUUGUCAGAACAAAUGGAACCAAUUUUAGGUUGGUUUUUUGUUUCUUAAAAUUAAUAAUAAAGCCUUGGUUUAUGGAAGAGUAAA